UCUCUCUCUCUCUCUCUCUCUCCUUUUCUUUUUCUCUGUGCUGAACCACAGCCACGUAGCAGAAAGGAAGAAAGAGAGCGACAGAGAGCGCGAGAGAGAGCGCGCGACGGAGCAACUGGUUUCUUAAUAUAGCUUUCUCGCUAGCAACAAUAGCUCCCAGUGUCUACCGGCUUGUGCUAGCCUUCAGUUCACAACCUGGAGCUUUCGAUAGAUAAAUAGAUAGAUAGAUAACCUGUUUGACCAGCUAUCAUAAAUAGAGUUGACAGGUAAAGGCUGAAAUGAUGGAAACUGAAGAUAUUGACAACGGGCAUCAGAUCCUAAAGGAGGAGGAUGGUGAGAAAAGGACGGAUGGGGAAGAAUCACGAAAAGCUGGAAAACCCUCUUCUCGUAUCCCUACUUUCCAAAGCUCGCUGGCUCGCAAGCGAACCACCACCCAAACUGCAGAGUCACAGCUGCCGUCGAAGCCAGACGUACCCAGUCCAUGCCAAAUGAAAGAGAGAGAGACUUUGCGGACAAAAUUGCCAGUGUUCAGCGACCGAGAAACAGCCUUGCCCAUCCUGUCGAAUCGCGUCCACUCGUGCAGCACUGAGGAUCUCUCCGAUGGCACUGUGUCAGAACCCAUCCUGUCUGAAACCUCGGAGGAGACAUCACUUCCACCUGAAGCAAAUGACUUUCCUGAACCUAAUGAAUCUCUUCACAGACCGAGUCUUAGACUAGAGACGGAGUCCUGUGACACAGAUUCAGCUUCAAAACCAUCCCCAGAGCCUCAAGAUGCAAGUAUAGAGUUUCAGCUGAAAGAAGAAUACGAAUCAGAUACUAUUAUCCAGGAUGAUCUUGUACAAAAACUUAAUGAAGUCAUACAGGAUAUCGGAGACGAAUUGGAGGAGAGUCCUGUGGCAUCAGAGUUAAUCACAGAGGAUGUCCAUGAGCCACGUUCAGCAGUAGAUGAAAAUGAAAAGCCUCCUGCAGAUGCAUCUCCUGUUAAGUGUAAAACGCUCCAUUCAAAACCGUCAGAACACAAAAACAACACGUCCUCAAGGAUGAGAGGAAGAAGCUUCGCUUUCUUCUGUCUCUUCCCAUCUAUCCUGUUGCUUCUGGGUGGAUUUGGUCAACACAUCUGGCUCUACGGGGUCCCUAGAUCCGUGUCCCACCUCAUGGUGCAGCUGGAACUGCACUGGCUCGAAGGCUUCUGGUUGCCCCAUGAGGAAUGCAGUUCUGAUUGUAGGCUGACUCUUUGUGAGAGUAUCCCAGAAGGAAUGCUUUUCCCCUCUGGCUCCGCACACCUGCAGAGCAUCACACAAACCUGGACCAACUUGCUUAACCGAGCUAACAGCUCGGUCAACAUUGCUGCUUUCUACCUCACGCUCAGAGACUCAGAUAUUGGCCUGACUGAUCCCAGUUCAAUGCAGGGUAAAGUCCUAUUAGAUCACCUGAAUCAGCUUCAGUCAAGAGGAGUGAAUUUACAGAUUGCAGUUAACGCACCACAGGCGAACAGAUCAGACACAGACAAGCUAAAAGAAACAGGUGCAGAGGUCAGAGAGGUUAAUCUUCAAAACCUCACUGGAGGUAUAGUCCACACAAAACUUUGGAUUGUGGACAAGAAACACAUGUAUGUAGGAAGCGCAAACAUGGACUGGCGCUCGCUCACCCAGGUAAAGGAGGUUGGUGUUUCUGUGGAGGACUGCAGCUGUCUGGCACAAGAUGCGUCACGGAUAUUUGGAGUCUACUGGGAACUUGGCGCUCAGAAAAAUAGUUCCCUACCUCCCUAUUGGCCUGGCCGAUUCUCCGCUCUCUCCAGCAUUAAGUACCCAUUAACUGUUAAAUUCAACGGUGUCCCUGCACGUGUCUAUAUGUCUAGCGCUCCACCUCAAUUAUCCGCUUACGGAAGGACAGACGAUCUUUCAGCUAUCCUUUCUGUAAUUGCUGAUGCCAAAAAAUUCAUCUAUGUUUCUGUGAUGGACUACCUUCCCAUGUCUCAGUUCACCCCUGAAAUAAGAUUCUGGCCUGCUAUCGAUUCAGCUUUACGAGAGGCUGCAUGUGCCCGAAAGGUGGAGGUAAAUCUGUUGGUCAGCUGCUGGAGCCACUCUCCUGGAGCCAUGUUCAUUUUUCUGCAGUCUUUAUCAGUACUCAGCAAAACACCGCUCAGAUGCAACAUUCAUGUAAAAGUUUUCGAGGUCCCCUAUACACCCGCGCAACAUCGGAUCCCUUUUGCUCGUGUCAACCAUGCAAAGUACAUGGUAACAGAUCGCGCUGUCUACAUUGGAACUUCCAAUUGGUCUGAAAACUAUUUCACACAGACAGCCGGAGUUGGACUUGUGGUGAAUCAGACAGGGUUUGUGGUGGAACAGGGGAAGCAAACAGUACAGAAUCAACUACAGAAUAUUUUCCAGAGAGACUGGAAUUCUGACUUUGCUCAAGUUCUAAUGGAUGAUCAUGUAGAGCAUUGCAGCAGUAGGAACUAAAUGUUGUAAAGCUGAAGCUGUAAUUUAAGAGAAUUCAGCAUUCCUGCACUAUUUACAUUUUUGGCCUUGUGACUUGCUGCAAUGUUGAAUGUAUCUUAAACAAAACUUUGCUCUGGGUUAUAACAACAGCUUCUCAGUUAUGUAUAUAUUUUUUAGGUUGUCGUACAUGUUUGUUUUCAUGAUAUGUUUACCAAUGUAAAUUUUUUAUGUACUGAAUGCUGAAUUUCUGCUGGAAACUUUUAGACUUGUGCUGUGAAAUGUUCACAAGUAUUCAAACAGCAUGGUUCAAACUGAAUAUUCUGGGUCCUAAUUAAACUAUUUGCAUUAUUAUUCCUGAGUGUAUAGUUAAAAUUGUUUAAAUAAAAAAUAUGUAUGACAGA